AUGUGGAAUAUGAUGUGCGACGUGAUGCCCACGAUAUCUGAGGACAGUAUUAGUCAGCGGAGUUCGCAGUUCUCAGGCGAAGAUGCGAACUUCGAGCAGCUUAUGGUGUCUAUGCUGGACGAAAGAGAUAAACUAGUGGAGAGUUUGCGUGAGACUCAGGAGCGUCUAGGUGACACGGAACUACGACUGAAAGAAGUGGAAAAGGAAAGAGAUUCCUUGCACCGUCAAAUUGCAGCCAACUUGCCACAGGAAUUUGCAACGCUUACGAAGGAGUUGAAUCAAGCACGCGAACAUCUCUUAGAGAGAGAAGAGGAGAUAUCGGAACUCAAGGCGGAGAGAAACAAUACGAGGUUACUUCUAGAACACCUAGAAUGUCUGGUAUCGCGUCACGAGCGUUCGCUGCGUAUGACAGUGGUAAAGCGGCAGGCCGCCGCCCAGUCGGGCGUUUCAUCCGAAGUGGAAGUUCUGAAGGCGCUCAAGAGUCUCUUCGAACACCACAAGGCACUGGACGAGAAGGUCCGAGAAAGGUUAAGAGUAGCGUUAGAGAGGAAUACAGCGCUAGAAGAGGAAUUAUCGUUGACCAAAGAAGAAUUACAGCAAUACAAAACGUCGUCCGGCCAAGACGAUAAACCAAAGGAAAAUGGCACCGUGUCCACGGGCUCGCCCGAGCAGAACGGCGAACAGGCACAGCCUAAGGAGAGUAUUGUUAACGGUGAGUCGGAGACGGGCAAGAAACUAACUGAGCUACAAAACACGGUCGCUAAGCAGUCGGCAGAAUUGAGUUCCUGGCAGCGAAGAGUAGCGGAACUAAAUAACAAAGUGACAGAUUUGGAAGAGAAAUUGUCGAAAGGGGAGAAGGAAUUGGGGAAGAAACAAGACGAGUGCGCCAAGCUGCAGAGGGAUUUGAGAGAAAACGUCGCCCAAAAAGAGGAUCAGGAGGAAAGAAUAGCUACUUUAGAAAAGCGAUAUCUGAACGCGCAACGCGAGUCGACCUCUUUGCACGAUCUGAACGAGAAGUUGGAACAAGAGCUUCAGCACAAACAAGCCCAGCUAAAGCUGCAAGAAGAGAAAAUUGCGGCCAUUGAGGAGAAGCUCGAACUGUCCACUCAGAAACUCGCGCAGAUGUCUUCUCUACCGGAGAUGGAAGAGCAGCUCAAGGCCAGGAUGGAAGCCCUCAGCCAGGCGCAAGAGCGGCACGGAUCCGCCGAAGACAGAAUUCAACGGCUCGAGGCGAGCGUCGAAGAGAAAAACGCCGAGCUCAUGAGACUAAAUCAGCGCUUGAGAAUGAACGAGGAGCACAACACUCGCUUGUCGGCCACCGUCGACAAACUGCUCUCCGAGUCUAACGACAGGUUGCAAGUUCAUCUAAAGGAAAGAAUGCACGCAUUGGAAGAGAAGAACGCAUUGCAACAGGAAUUGGAGAAAACGCGUAAAUAUGCAGACGAGUUGCUGCAGGAGAAGCAGGAGAUUCUCAAGGAACUGGCCAAGUGGAGAAUGGAGACUGAACAGCUAAAACGGCAAAUGCUUCAGCAGGAGAUUGCGUUCAACAUUCAACAAACGGAUGCGCUCACUCGUUCACUGUCGCCUGCUGCGCCACAACCGCCGCCACCGGGGCUGUUCCAACCCAAACUGGACGGUUCUUGGGAGAAGUUACAUCAAGCUCACGUACUAGCAAAUGUGCAACAAGUGUUUGACGUUACCAGCGAUGCUGAGAACGACGAAUCCGAAGGUGCCGAAGGCCACACCGACGCCGCCGCUUUGGCUCUGAUGCUGCAAGAACAGUUGGAUGCUAUUAACACAGAAAUACGUCUCAUUCAAGAGGAGAAACAGAGCACCGAAGCUAGAGCCGAAGAAUUGGAAUCUAGGGUUGGCAGCUACGAGCACAUGAAUGUAGUGUCGCGUCGUGCCGAAUCGCCACCACCGGCCGCCUCGCCAUCACAUACACAUAUGCAUCAUAAAUAUCACACUGCGCCCGCGUCUAUGUCACCGGCGCACGCGCACUACCGCGCCGCUACUGCAUCAGAGAGUCUGCCCUCUAGCCAGUUGCAGCUCUGCGAGGAGGGUGUAAGCGGAGUAGGCGUGCCCAGCGUGGGCAUGGUGGGCGGAGUCGGCGAAGGGGCAGAAUCUCCAUUAACGGCGCGAUCAAUCCGACUAGAACGAGCGGCGCGGGCCAUACACGCUGAGAGAGAUAGACUGAGAACUCACUACCCCGCUCCUUACGACUCCAGUUCGAGCCAAGAGUCUUUGGGCGGUGCCACCGGCACCUGGGGCGGCGGCACCUCGCCGGGACUUCCCCGCGGUGUGUCUUCUGCCGCAUCGGCCGUUUCCAUUGCAUCGAUGCACCAACAGAAAAAACGAGGCAUUAAGAGCUCGCUCGGAAGAUUCUUUAGUAAAAAAGAUAAAGCUGGGUUACCGGUACAAGGUCAAGGGGGCAGGACCCUCUCCUCGGUGUCAUCGUUGGGACUGUCAUCUUUAGCAGACGAUGACAGCCAGAUGUCACAGAGCGGUACGCAGGUACCGAUGCAGCAUCAAGAUUACGCGAGGACAAAAACCAAAGAUCGCGACUACCGUCACGAAUUGCUGGGUGAAGCUAUGCGUGCGGGCACGCCCUUCGCCUUGUGGAACGGCCCUACGGUGGUUGCGUGGCUGGAGCUGUGGGUCGGUAUGCCCGCGUGGUACGUGGCCGCGUGCCGGGCCAACGUCAAGUCGGGGGCCAUCAUGUCUGCGCUUUCCGAUCAGGAGAUUCAAAGAGAAAUAGGCAUCAGCAACCCCCUCCAUCGACUGAAGCUGCGCCUCGCCAUCCAAGAAAUGGUUUCGCUCACUUCGCCGUCUGCGCCGCGCGGUACGGCCUGUGCGGCGCUCGCCUUCGGGGACAUGAACCACGAAUGGAUCGGCAAUGUCUGGUUACCCUCGCUCGGUUUACCCCAAUACCGAACGACCUUUAUGGAGUGCCUUGUGGAUGCGAGGAUGUUGGAACAUCUCACCAAACGAGACUUGCGCACGCAGCUCAAGAUGCUCGACAGUUUUCACAGGACGUCACUGCACUUCGGCGUGGCGUGUCUCAAGCGAGUAGGUUAUUCGGUUCGAGCCCUGGAGGAGAGGCGUCGCGCGGCGGAGCACUGCAUACGAGACGUUCUAGUCUGGACCAACGAGAGAUUGCAGCGAUGGCUUACGGCUAUCAACCUGAAGGAAUACGCAGCCAAUCUUUCGGAAAGUGGCGUGCACGGCGCCCUGAUAGCGCUCGAUGACAACUUCGACGCCAACAGUAUGGCGCUGGCUUUACAAAUACCGACACAAAACACGCAGGCGCGUCAAAUUCUAGAAAUGGAAUUCAACAACUUAUUAGGAAGUGGAACGGAGCGCAAAGCGCGGCAACCCCACGAGCACGCUGCCGCCUCCUGA